CAAAAUUGUUGUGACACGAGGCACAAUAACAACUGCCCGUAGUCGAAGAUAUUUUUUAUUCAGGCAUCUGACUUUAUGAUGAUGGAAGAAAGAAAAUACCUCAGAUGAAUCCUUUUUGUGUUGAUCGAUUUCUUAUCAUCACCAUUAUCGAGUUUUAAAGCAAAAUCACUAAUAAUAAGUAGAUAUGAAUCACGAAGACGUCGGUGCUUCCAUGAUUAAACGCGUGAAAUUAGAAGCCUCUGAGGAACAUCCUUCCUUACAGUAUCGAAUUCAGAUUGUCGAUGAAUCCUUACUUGACGAAGCGAUGACUUUUAUGGGAAAAUAUUUCUCAAAUAAUAAUUUGGGAAACUCAUUGGUUGCAGAUCUCAAAGACAAAAAGUUAGAAAACUUCGAAGGAACUAUUUGGAAGGAGAUCCUUUCAGAAGGAAUUUCAUUGGCCGCGAUUUUGGAAGAUGACCAAGGAAAUAGGGGCCGCAUUAUUUGUUGUUAUGCAUUAGGGAUCGUAAAAGAAGGGGAUAAAUUUGACCUGAACUCACCAGAACGUGAUAUACCCAAAGGUUCCAGAUGCAUUAUCCAAACUUUAGAAGACGUGACGUCGAAAGCUGACGUUUUCAAGGCGUUCGAUUGUGACGAGUAUAUCGAUGGGUGCGGCUUGGCAACGGCCACAGACUUCCAACGCCGUGGUAUUGCCGGUGAGUUGAUGCGAGCUUGCCCUGAGGUUUGCAAGCUCACCGGCACCCCCGUAUGUGCAGCUGUUUUUACCGCUGAGGCCUCCCAAAAGCUUGCCUUCAGAUGUGGCUACAAGACCCUCGCCGAACUGGAUCUCACCACUUAUCGCAUCGAUGACAGAAUCAUCUAUCCUAACCCGGAGUGUCCUGUCAUCAAAUUCAUGGCCAUUCGAUACUUCUAGAUCCAUUUCCGCAAUGUCAUACGAUCAAACCAUGCUAUCAAUAAAUCGUCUACUUCCGGCAAAAUUAUCACAAGCGCCAGGCGACGUUUCCAAAUAUCCGCCGGCAUUUUAUUUUUCUACAGAGAAAUUGUUGGUUGAAUCUGUUUGGGAAUGUCACUGAAUUUUAUUGUUAGCACAAAAAAAUUCGGUGAAAUUUUCGGACAGCCUCGUUGAACAAUUUCUCUGUGAAGAAAUAAAAUGGUGGCGGAAAUUUCGAAACGUCGCGUGGCACUUGUGAUACUUUGACCGGAGGAUGACGAAAUCAAGAUCAAAUGCUUUGAUUGGUCCAAGUCAUCGAAUAAGCCAAUCGCAACACCUGACUUUGAUAGUGCGGUUUGAUCCUGUGGCAUUAGCUUUCCAGCCUCGGACUCAGCUUUAUUUCUUAGUGGGAGUUCGUUCGCAAAUGACGGCAGAGUCUAUGGUGGGGGGAGGGGGUUGUGAAGGGACGUCUAACAUGUACCUGACAAAAGGGAUGCCAUAGGUGGCGUCAUAUUUCUAGUGACAAUCAACACCAAUGCAUAACAACCCUAAGUCUGAGAAGGUUGGGAAAGUAUGUGAGAAGGUCCGAUCACAUGAAAUAGGCAUUAUUACGGCUGCUUAAGUGAGAUUUUUGAUAAAAUAACCAUAAGUUUGUGUAAUAUGAAAGAAUAAAGUAUAAAGUUCAGUCGGACUUUGAUGUUGCGGACAGUAUAUUGGACGUUUGGUCCAUAAGGUCAACCGUCCAAUAUACGUCAACACGAUCAAACGUCAAACUUAGCCUUGUAUACCCAUUUGUUUUUUGUAUUUUAAUGUGUUUUUAUUGUUUUAUCAAACUUUUCUAAUCAAUGAGGAGCAUUUAUGUUCAUGAGGGGUUUUCAAGUUCUUAUGCAUUCUUUCCGCCCUCUUGUAAGACGCAAAGGCCUAGCUUGGGUAAAGUUGCAAGGGAAAUGGGCAUAUCGACGAUGUAAGUCGGCAAUCACAUAACUCGGUUUUCGACGUCGCAGACUUCCUGUCAUCAGGGCCAGAUUCACCUACUUGCCGCCCGUGGGCCGCCUGUAUU